CCGGCUCCGCCCCGCAGCUCCACUCGUGUUAUGAAAGCAGAGCAAGUGGGUGUGCGACAAGCGGACUCCUCCGGCCGAAAGAUCCACCACAGUUGUCAACGAUGCUUCGUGUCACCUCCGCCUCCCUCUACACCUACUGCCAGAAGGUGAGGCUGCUGCUGCCUUCCUCUGCGUCUGCCUCCACAGUGAGCUCCCCCAGCAAAAGACUGGAGAACCAGCGCACAGUGGACUCUCUUUACGAGCUGUCAGUGGACAUAAAGAAAGUGCGUAAGUUCAAGGGCUGGGUUCUGUCUGAGAGCUCUGCGUAUGUGACUGAGACGGCGGACCUGCUGAGGGACAUGGGUGCAGACGCAACAGCAAUCGCCCGCAUCCUGGAAACCCACCCUGAGGCCGUCCUGUGUCAGCCGGAGGACGCGGUGGCCCAGAGAGACCUGUGGGUGUCCGUGUGUCCCAACAGGCGUGAGUUGAUGAGCAUCAUAGAAAAGUUCCCGGCCUCCUUUUUUACAUUAACUCACCGUGAAAACCAGCGGGCCAACAUCCUUUACCUCCAGAGCCUUCGCCUUAACAAGAGGAUCAUCAGCAAGCUGAUGGCCAGCGCCCCGCAGAGCUUCAGUCGGCCUGUGGAGCGCAACAAGGAGGUCAUCCACACCCUGAGGGAGACCUACCUGGACCUGGGCGGAGAUGAGGGCAACCUGCGGAUCUGGCUGCAGAAGCUGCUCAGCCAGAACCCGUAUAUUCUGCUGCGGCCGGCUGAGGCCUGGAGGGACAGUCUUGGCUUCCUGAGGGAGCAGGGCUUCACCACGGAGGAGCUCCUCAGUCUUGUCUCCAGCCUCAGAGCCUCCAUCGCAGAGCUGAAGCCUGAGGCCAUGGAGCAGGCGCUGGCCUACAUCGAGGGAGCUCUGGCCUGCUCCAAAGACGAACUCAAGCAAGUCGUGAUCUGCUGCCCGGCCGUUCUGUACUACUCCUUGCCCACCCUGGUGGGGCGGUACCAGGGGCUGAUGGACGUUGGAGUGACCAUGGACCAGGUGAAGGAAUCUCCAAACGUCCUGGAGCUCACCACGCAGAUCGUGCUGUACCGCAUCCAGAAGCUGGCCUCCUAUGGAUACGACGUGCGCUCCGGCAGCCUGGACGUUAUUGUAGGAACCAAGAAGGACUUUGAGAUGACUUACGGAAAGCUGCACCUCCGGCAGCAGCGGCCACUUUUCAACCCUGUAGCUCCUCUGAGAUCCGCAGAGGAUUGAUAUGAUGCAAUUUAAAAUGGGGGUUUUGUGCAAGGAACAGUUUGGGGAAUGUUGUUUGAUGCUGAUUUUGAGAAGUGUUUCACUACUUCAUCUUUGUGCAAUAAGCAUGAAAAAACGAGGUAGUUUAAAAUCCCAAACUUCCAGGAAGACUUGUACUGAGGGCAGCAUCACUACAAACCCAACCAGUGUUGCCUUUACAACAGUCUUCUUAUGUGCUGCUGACACACAGCUGAUGAGCGCUCUCAAAAUAUGACACUGUGUGUUCAAAUUUUUAUUAGUUUUUGGAAGUAUUGCAUUUUAUAUGACAAAUAUGCCAAGGAAUGUACGAUCAAACAUGGAAAUAGAAGAAGUAUGUAAAGGAAUAUACUGUCGAGCACGAAAGAAAUGUAUAGAGAUGAGGGCAAGUCGUUGCCUGUCAGCUCUAUACUUUGAGGUUUACUACUGUAACUAACUGAACUGAUUGUGGUAGCUGGAAAUGGCAGUUGAGCAAUAAACAAGUCAAGGUUAGGUUUUUAAAUUUGAUCAAGUGUACCAGUCUACCAGUGGUGCGGUGGGGUUACUUAUUCAGCAAUGUCUAUUUUACAUAAAGGUGUGAUUUACAAUAAAACCGGGACUAAUUUAAAUGGAAUUCAAA